AUGAUUUCGGAUGUCAAAGAUGGAGGCCAGUAUCUCAGAAUUCGGGAGGGAACACAGUCUAUCUCCAAGAACAUGACCAGAGAGUUGCGAGAAAACUCACUUCAUCUUUCAACUCCAGUCACCGAAAUUGAACAGAAUGCAGAGUCCGAUGGCUGUAUAGUCAGAUCUUCUAACGGCGUGGUGUUUGAAGCGAAGAAGAUAAUUCUUUCUAUCGCAACUCCGCUUUACACCACCAUCAAAUUCACGCCCACUCUGCCUGCCCCCAAGUAUCGUCUCGCUACAGAAAACAAGCUGGGAUACUACAGCAAAAUCAUUUUUGUUUUUAACGAACCAUGGUGGCGAAAUGCCGGACUCUCCGGCGAAAUCAAAUCUCAGGACCGAGGUCCUAUCCUCUUCUCUGUGGAUACCAGCGUCCCAGAAGAUAACCAAUGGUCCAUUAGCUGCUUCAUGGUUGGCGGCCAUGGCCUCGAGUGGUCGCGGUUGUCUGAACAGGAAAGACGAUCUUCUGCCUGGACUCAGCUUCGAUCGGCUUUCGAGAACGUCAAGCUGGAAUCUGGGCCAGUUCAGUUCACGGAGCCUAUCAAUGUAUUGGAAUUUGAGUGGACGAAGCAAAAAUUCUUCAAUGGUGGUCCUUGUCCAGCUUCCCCACCAGGCCUUCUGUCUUCUAUUGAUGGGUCGGCAAUCCGCGCACCUUUUGGGAAUGCUCACUUUGUUGGUACGGAGACGGCGUUGGAGUGGAAAGGGUAUAUGGAGGGGGCUGUUCGGUCCGGAGAUAGGGGCGCGGAGGAAGUCAUUGCUGCUCUUCGCAGUCGGUCGAUUUGA